CAACAGAUGGGAGGGCUCUGUAUCGCCCGCUUCUGAUUGGUUAUUUCUUUAGAGGAUUUCCUAUUGAAUUCAACAAGAAGACCAAGAUUCUGAUGACUCGGUAGACAUUGCUUCGUUAUUUCCCCACUGUUGCGAUGAAAGGGUGGUUUGAUGAUCCGUACAAACAGCAACUGUUGGAACAAAGAAUAGCUCCAUCACAUGGUGCGAAAAAGAGAAAGCCAGCCGAGCAAACCGAUGCGAUGCUUAGGAACAAUCGUUUGGCAACCUCCGAAAACAACCGACGCAAUAGAUCGUUUUCAUCUUGUCCUUUCAACGAAGUAGCAUGCAACAAAGACAGCAACGGCUCCUAUAAACAGCAACCAUCACGGAGCAAGGAAUCAGACUCUAACUCAUCUUGUGAUAUUCAAAUGUAUUUUAAGCCAUUUCAAGAAAACUUGCAAAGAGACAGUACAUCACCCGUGACGCCUAACCAUGAAGAAGAAUCGUGGAGUUUUUCAUCAAUAGAAAACGAUGAACACCAACUCGUUACUAGAAAGAUCGACGAGGAUCAUGAACGACAACAGACAUCACUCGUUGUAGCUGAAUUGAUAAACGAAAUCCAACAGUAUAAGCAAUGUAUGAAAGAAAAAGAUAACAAGAUAAGUCAAUUGGAGACGUAUUUGUCUCGUUCGAAAGACUUUAUACGUCAACUGAUUUUAGAAAGCGAAACAAAGAAAAGAAUCGAGUCAAAAAAGUGGUUGGAUGAACAAAGCAUGAGGUUGGGAAGGCUCAUGUUGACUCGACAAGGAACAGGAAUAAAAGAAUAUUGGGAACCGGGUUCUUGUUUUCGUGAAACAGAAAGAAGAUUGGAAGCUUUGAGGGAACGUAUGGAAGUCCUUGAUGCGGAAUUUAUAGAAAACGGAGACAAUGAAAACUCCAAUAGCUCUUCUUGUAGGUUUAUUGGACAAGAAAACGAAGCAAUUUUAGCACGUAGAAGAAGUAUACUACUAGAAGAAGAAAAGCAGUUGCUUCUUGAGCGGCGAACUCUUGAAAAUGAAAGACUUUCAAUGAUGCAGGAACUACGGCGGCAGCGUGAAGAAUCUGCGUCCCGGUUCUCCAACUUCAUCGUUUUGAGUCACCAGUAUUUAUUGGUGAAGCUUGUCGGAAAGGGUGGUUUUAGUGAGGUUUUCAAAGCGUUCGACCUUAAUGAAUUCCGUUGGGUUGCUUGUAAGAUUCAUCAACUUAACCACUAUUGGACAGAAGAACAAAAGUCAAAUUACAUUCGACACACAACGAGAGAAUAUGAAAUUCACAAAACGCUAGAGCAUCCUAGAGUUGUCAAACUCUAUGACGUGUUCGAAAUAGAUGAAAACUCUUUUUGUACAGUACUGGAAUAUUGUGAUGGUUCCGAUCUGGAUACAUAUCUCAAAGCCAAAGGAUCAUUAGAGGAGAAUGAAGCAAAACUAAUCAUCUGUCAGGUGCUCAGUGGUCUAUUGUAUCUGAACAACCAGCCGAAGAAAAUUAUUCAUUAUGAUUUGAAACCUGCGAACAUUCUGUUUAAAGAUGGAAAAGUCCGAAUCGCGGACUUUGGACUUUGUAAGGUGAUCGACGCAGUGGGAGAUCGCAACGAAACUACCGAACUAACAUCUCAAGGAGCUGGAACCUACUGGUAUCUCCCACCAGAGUGCUUUGCUAGUGACGAUGAUGUGCCCCAGAUUUGUCCAAAAGUGGAUAUUUGGUCCGUUGGAGUGAUUCUUUAUCAAAUGCUUUACGGAAAGAAGCCUUUUGGUCAUGGUCUCUCACAACAACAGUUGGUGCAACAAGGCCUCGUUCAUGGAUGUCCUUUGGUAUUCCCUGAUCAUCCAAACAUUUCUGAACAAGGCAAAAACUUUAUUCGUAGAUGCCUUACUUGUAGAGUUGACCUUCGUCUAGAUGUACACCAAGCAGCGUUUCAUGAAUACCUACGAAGUUGAUUGUAUCAUAGCAUUGCAAGGGAUCCAAAUAAAAUGUAGCGUAUCGUA